AUGCUGUUCAAAACUUCAUCGAUAUCAAGUGCAUCUAAUAAGAAUCACCAAGACUAUGGAUGCAUAUCAUUUUUGCUUAUUGCUAGUGGUUUAAUAUUCACAAUAUUUUCUGUUGUUCAAAAGGAUACUCAAAUUGGUAAAGUUUGGCUUGCCGGUCCAACUACAAUGGUUGUAGGCUUAGUGCUUUGCGGAAAGGUAGUAAUUGAUUGGGGACCCGCAAUGAGACAGCAGUUUGAUGUACGUCCUGAAUAUGAGCAGAUACCUGGUACUAAUGGAAUAGCAGUUGAUCGUAAUUCGAUUCUUUACAACACUAAAAUAGCAGAUGCACGACAAAGUUUACUUGCAAAUGCAGAAAAAUUAUUUGUGAUAUAA